GGGCCGGCCUCGAACCGCGAUCCUCGGGGGCUCCAGCCUCCCGAAUGAACGAGGACUCCAGGCGGGAGCCACCCAGCCCGGCCCGCUGCUCCGAUGCCCCCCCGCAGCCGCCCUGGGGCUGCCCGUCCCCGCGGGGUUCGGACCCCGCCAGCUGCACCUCCUCUUUCCUUGCAGUUCCCGCCAGCCUGACGCCAGGGGCCCCCCGCCCCGCGCCCCGCGCCGCCAUGAGUGCUGAGGUGAAGGUGACGGGCCAGAACCAGGAGCAGUUCCUCCUCCUGGCCAAGUCGGCCAAGGGGGCCGCGCUGGCCACGCUCAUCCACCAGGUGCUGGAGGCGCCCGGCGUGUACGUGUUCGGCGAGCUGCUGGACAUGCCCAAUGUCAGAGAGCUGGCUGAAAGCGAGUUUGCGUCCACGUUCCGUCUGCUGACGGUGUUUGCGUAUGGAACGUACGCUGACUACCUAGCGGAAGCCAGGAGCCUCCCCCCGCUCACCGAGGCCCAGAAGAACAAGCUGCGCCACCUCUCCGUGGUCACCCUGGCCGCCAAAGUCAAGUGCAUCCCCUACGCCGUGCUGCUGGAGGCCCUGGCGCUGCGCAACGUGCGGCAGCUGGAGGACCUGGUGAUCGAGGCCGUGUACGCCGACGUGCUCCGCGGCUCCCUGGACCAGCGCAACCAGCGGCUGGAGGUGGACUACAGCAUCGGCCGCGACAUCCAGCGCCAGGACCUCAGCGCCAUCGCGCGCACCCUGCAGGAGUGGUGAGUGCGCACGCGUGCCUGCCCGGCCGCCGGCCGGCCUGCGCGCGCCUACUGCGGCCUGAGCCC